AACAGUCUGCGCAUGCUACACGGGGGAUCUUUGCCUUGUGUGCGUCGCGGUGUGUUCCAGUUGUGCGAGUUGGCCGCGUCACUUCGCAUGAUCCGCGUCGUCGUCAUCGUCAUCGUUGUUAUCGUCAUUGUCGUCGAUGUUGUCGAUGUUUCCCGGCACUGACGGCAGCGGCCUCUGCCACGGAAUUCCCCGCGGGCUCUCGGCACCCGAGAGACACCGCCACUGCGUCCACCCACUUCUGUAACCUUGACUUGACAGAGUUGCAGUAUCAUCACCCCCUUUGUCAACGACGGCCGGGUGAAGGAGUUCGUGAACGCGACGGUGGCUCUGCGAUGCCUCGCACAGACGAUUUUAUUGGAUUCGAUGUUCCGCACCUUUAACUUGUCAAGCCGCAUUGACCAGCGCGGUGAAGUAUAGUCAAGCGAGCCAUGUGCUCUAUACGGCGUGGGCGAGGGGGGCUUCAUCCAGCAGUGGAUUCACAAAUGUCUGUAAAUUAUUCAUCAUAACCAUUAGCCGCGGUCUUGAGAGAGCGCCUCUUAAGUUCGGUUUGCCUGCGAUCUGUACCCACACACGCCCGCCCGGCCGCCUUUGUCUGCCCAGAGCCGUGUGUUUACAAUGUACGCGAGGCAACUUGUUUUAAGGCCGAGUCGACCUUGGGGGUGGCCCGGGCUCGACUUAUUUCCUGCUAUGACGAGUCACGGAGCUUUUACGCGGAAGCUGCGAGCGACGCAGCCGUUAAAGUCGCAGCUGUGACAGGAGCUGGGACAGGAGCUGGGACAGGAGCUCGCAGACUCCCCCUGGGACAGGAGCUGUGACAGGAGCUGUGACAGGAGCUCGCAGACUCUCGCUGUGACAGGAGCUGGUACAGGAGCUGGGACAGGAGCUCGCAGACUCUCGCUGGUACAGGAGCUGUGACAGGAGCUGGGACAGGAGCUCGCAGACUCCCCCUGGGACAGGAGCUGGGACAGGAGCUGGGACAGGAGCUCGAAGACUCCCCCUGGGACAGGAGCUGGGACAGGAGCUGUGACAGGAGCUCGCAGACUCUCGCUGUGACAGGAGCUGGUACAGGAGCUGGGACAGGAGCUCGCAGACUCUCGCUGGUACAGGAGCUGUGACAGGAGCUGGGACAGGAGCUCGCAGACUCCCCCUGGGACAGGAGCUGGGACAGGAGCUGGGACAGGAGCUCGAAGACUCCCCCUGGGACAGGAGCUGGGACAGGAGCUGUGACAGGAGCUCGCAGACUCUCGCUGUGACAGGAGCUGGUACAGGAGCUGGGACAGGAGCUCGCAGACUCUCGCUGGUACAGGAGCUGUGACAGGAGCUGGGACAGGAGCUCGCAGACUCCCCCUGGGACAGGAGCUGGGACAGGAGCUCGCAGACUCUCGCUGGUAUAGGAGCUAGGACAGGAGCUGGGACAGGAGCUGGCAGACUCCCCCUGGGACAGGAGCUGGGACAGGAGCUAGGACAGGAGCUCGCAGACUCCCCCUGGGACAGGAGCUCGCAGACAGCGGCCUGACGGCCCCCAGGGGCCCCCACUCGCACGGGCUCGCAUGUCCAGUGGCUGAGACGAGAAUCGUGAGAAGGGCAAUGGAUGAGGCGAAGGAGGAGGGGGGUGAGGACGUACGGGAAUGUUCAAACUGCCGGCACUCGAUCGCCGCGGCGAACCUGGUGCUGCACGAGGCGCACUGCGCUCGUCGCCUUGCGCUGUGCGAGCGCUGCGGGGAUGCCGUGCCGCGCGGGCAGCUGCAGGAGCACGUGGAGAGCGAGCACUCGGAGGUAACGUGCCCUUGUGGUGUGGUUCUGGAGAAAUGCCAACUUAAAGAUCAUCAGGGCGAUACUUGCGACCUGCGCCUGUGCGAGUGCCGCUACUGCGAGCUGGCGCUUCCGCAACGUGAGCUCCCCGAGCACGAGCACUUCUGCGGCGCCCGCACCGAGCCGUGCCCGGCCUGCGGGGCCUUCGUCCAGCACCGCGACAAGAAGGCCCACGCGUUCAGCUGCCCGCGAGCGCACGCUCGCCUGCAGCAGGGGCAGCAGGGGCAGCAGGGGCAGCAGGAGCAGCAGAGUCGGCUGCAGGAACAGCAGGAGCAGCAGAAGCACCAGCAGUGUCUGCAGAAGACACUGGAGCAACAGGAGCUGCAGAAGCAACAGGAGCAGCAGAACAGACUGCAGAAGCAACUGGAGCAGCAGCAGAAGCACGAGCAGUGGCUGCAGGAGCAGCAGAAGCAG